CCUCCAGCAUCCUCCUGCUUGUAUCUGGUAGCAUCUCUACCUCCCCGUUAUCCUUUCCUCUCUCCUCCUCCUCCCUCCCUGUCAUCUCUCGCCUCCCUGCACCCUCCCUCCCUCCCUCCUUCCUUUCAUGAGAACCUCUUUCGGUUGCCUACCUAGCCUCAGUCUCCGACUCUCCUCCCUCCAGUCCCCUCACCUGGGUGUGUGCUCAGGCUCGCUCCGCUCUCCCGCUGGCUCGCUACAAGGAUGUCAUGGAGAUGAUGAGCUUAUUUGGUGUUCUUCAGUGUGGAGGGCAGAGCCGGGCUGUGCAGGGAGGCAGGCCGGAGCCCUCGCACUGAUCGGAAUAUGGGGACCCCAAGGAGGACUUCUGACUGAACACCAUGGAAGCUAGGAAUGGGCAGCACUCCCAGGCCAGCCAUAUGAUGGUGGAUGGAGAAGCCAGCAUGGCCAGAGAAGAGGUGACAGCGGUGCCCAGCAUCCAGAGCCCAGGACCUGCUCAGCAUCCUCCUUCCUCUGGACUCGGGCAGAAGAUUCCCACUCCUGGAGUCAGUCAGUACCCUUCGACCUUCAUUCCAGGUCCUUUCAGUGCCGGACAUGGCCAGAAAACACCUGUCAUCAGGCCUCCGCUCACAGAACCCAACGCCCCCUCCCCUGCUGCCCCCCAGCACUUUUCAGGUUCAGGACAGGCUACAACUACCCUUGCCCCUUCCGAUAGCCAUGUGUCCCCCAGAACAAACCAAUCUUCUGUCCCAGGAACAUGCCAGACUCCUUUUCCUGAACCCAACCAACAGGCUGGUGCCCCGUUGUAUGGCAAGACUCCAUCUAGAAUGUCUCCGGUUCCUACGGCUACCCUGCUUCCUUCCACCACACCUGUGCAGCCUCGUCCCCCAGGAGCAAUGCAAUCCUCUGCCAGACCACUCUUACCGCCUUCUGUCCCGGGACCUGCUACAAGACCCAUGCAGCCUCCAACCCUGGAACCAUCGCCACCCUUUACCCCAGGACCCCUACAGUCCAAUUCCCCCAGACCGAUGCAGCCAAUGGUCACUGGACCUGUGCAACCUGCAGGGACUGUCUCUCUGGGACACAUACCUUCGGGGUCCAGUCUUCAGCCUUCAGCCUUUGGACCUGCACAAGGUACCUUUCAGCCUCUGUCCACGAAUCCCGCGCAGCCUCCAAUUAGUGCCACUAAACAGUCACAGAUUUCUGGUGGAGCAACCAUACCGAUUCCAAAACAGACUGCAAUUCCCAGACCCAACCAUACGUCAGCCUUUUUCAAGCCUGUUUCUGGAAUACAGCAGCCUCCCCCAUUAAGACCCACUCAGCCUCCUGUCCCUGGAGCAGCUCAGCAUCCUAACUUUGGACCCGGUCAGCCUCCUGUACCAUCCACAAUGGGAGGACCUACCCAGUCAUUUAGUCCAGGUCCUUGCCAGUCUUCUUCCCCGACUCCUGCUUCUCAUCAGCCUUCUAUACCUACACAAAGCCAACUUCCUUCUACAGGGACCAAGCAAACUUCUUCCCUGGCCUCCAACCAGCCUUCUUUUACGGGACCAAAUCAAACUUCUGCCCUGGCCUCCAACCAGCCUUCUUUUACGGGACCCAACCAAACUUCUGUGCUGGCCUCCAACCAGCCUUCUUUUAUGGGACACAAGCAAACUUCUGCCCUGGCCUCCAACCAGUCUUCUUUUACGGGACCAAACCAAACUUCUGCCCUGGCCUCCAACCAGCCUUCUUUUACGGGAUCCAACCAAACUUCUGCCCUGGCCUCCAACCAGCCUUCUUUUACGGGACCAAACCAAACUUCUGCCCUGGCCUCCAACCAGCCUUCUUUUACGGGACCCAACCAGACUUCUGCUCUGGCCUCCAACCAGCCUUCUUUUACGGGAUCCAACCAAACUUCUGCCAUGGCCUCCAACCAGCCAUCUUUUACGGGACCCAACCAAACUUCUGCCCAUUCGCCCAACCCAUCUCCUGCUCCGGGAGGUUCUACAGUACUCAACCAAACUUCUGCCCAUGGAUCCAGUCAAAGUUUUGCUAAAGGGUCAAGCCAAACAGUUUCUCCUUCCCCCAACCAAACCUCUGCCCCAUCACCAAACCAACCUUCAGUUUCUGGAUCCAACCAAUCUGUUUCCCCUACUCCCAGUCAGACAGCUGCUGCCUCUCCCAACCAGCCGGUUAUGGGGCCUAACCAAACUCAGACCUCAGGAAAUGGUCAGCAACCAGGCACUUGUCAGCCCAAUGUUCCCGGGUCCAGCCAAACACCAGCUUCUGGGCCCCGCCAGCCCUCAGUCACAGGCCUCAGCCAGACAUCUUCAGGACUCAACCAAACUCCAGGACUUGCCGAAUGCCAAUCUCCGGGUUCGGGCCUCAGCCAGUCAUCAACGCCCGGGGUGAGCAACCUGGUUUCCAAGUCUGAGGUCCCAGAGCAGAUGGAGUCGGAAGUGUCGAGCACCUUCAUGCAGCGACAGUUUGGGGCCCUUCUGCAGCCGGCCGUCAACAAGUUCUCUCUGCGAAUGUUCGGGAGUCACAAGGCGGUGGAGAUCGAACAGCAAAGGGUUAAAUCUGCCGGCUCCUGGAUCAUCCACCCCUACAGUGACUUUAGGUUUUAUUGGGAUCUCAUCAUGCUCCUCCUUAUGGUCGGGAAUCUGAUUAUUCUGCCGGUGGGGAUCACCUUCUUCAAGGAUGAAAACACCCCACCCUGGAUCGUCUUCAAUGUCCUCUCCGACACUUUUUUCCUGGUUGACCUCGUUCUAAAUUUCCGGACAGGGAUUGUGGUUGAGGACAACACGGAGAUUAUUCUGGAUCCACACACCAUCAAGAUGAAGUACCUGAAGAGCUGGUUCCUGGUGGACUUUGUCUCUUCCAUCCCUGUGGACUACAUUUUCCUCAUCGUGGAUCUGGAGACCCGAGUAGACUCCGAGGUGUACAAGACAGCCAGGGCCUUACGAAUAGUCAGGUUUACAAAAAUUCUUAGUCUCCUCCGACUACUUCGACUCUCCCGGCUCAUCCGAUAUAUCCACCAAUGGGAAGAGAUCUUCCACAUGACAUAUGACCUGGCCAGCGCGGUGGUUCGAAUCUUCAACCUGAUCGGGAUGAUGUUGUUGUUGUGUCACUGGGACGGCUGCCUUCAGUUUCUGGUUCCGAUGCUCCAGGACUUCCCGGAGGACUGCUGGGUCUACAUCAGCAAGAUGGUGAACGAGUCCUGGGGCAAGCAGUACUCCCACGCCAUCUUUAAGGCAAUGAGCCACAUGCUCUGCAUCGGCUAUGGCCAGCAGGCCCCCGAGGGAAUGACCGAUGUUUGGCUGACCAUGCUUAGUAUGAUAGUGGGGGCCACCUGUUACGCUAUGUUUAUCGGCCAUGCUACAGCCCUCAUCCAGUCGCUGGACUCAUCUCGCCGGCAAUAUCAGGAGAAGUAUAAACAGGUGGAGCAGUACAUGUCCUUCCACAAGCUGCCCCCGGAUACCCGCCAGAGAAUCCACGAGUAUUACGAGCACCGAUACCAAGGCAAGAUGUUCGAUGAGGAGAACAUCCUCGGGGAACUUAGCGAACCUCUUAAUGAGGAAAUCGUUAACUUUAACUGCCGGAACCUCGUCGCCAACAUGCCUCUUUUCGCCAACGCCGACCCCAACUUUGUGACCGCCAUGUUGACCAAGCUCCGCUUUGAAGUGUUCCAGCCCGCAGAUUACAUUAUUCGUGAGGGAACGGUGGGGAAGAAGAUGUAUUUUAUCCAGCAUGGGGUGGUGAGCAUCCUAACUCGGGGCAGCAAGGAGACCAAACUCUCCGACGGCUCAUACUUUGGUGAGAUCUGCCUCCUGACUCGCGGACGCAGGACGGCCAGUGUGCGCGCUGACACCUACUGCCGCCUCUACUCCCUCUCUGUGGACAACUUUAACGAAGUCCUGGAAGAAUACCCAAUGAUGAGGCGGGCGUUUGAGACGGUCGCCAUGGACCGACUGGAUAGGAUUGGUAAGAAGAACUCCAUCCUGCUCCGUAAACGUGCAGAGAACAGCACAGGCUCGGUGAAUAAUGAGAUCAUUCAGCAAAUUGUGAAGCAUGAUCAAGACAUGGCCCAUAACAUCCAGGAUCUGCAGAAACUGGGGACGAUACGGAAUCCUGGACACAAUAAGACUCUCAUCUGGGAGCCCCUGGUUCAUGCCCCUCUGCAGACUGCCGCAGCCACCACAAAUGUGGCCAUUGCUCUCACUCAUCAGAACCUUCAGGCACAUGUCUUCUUGCCCCCAUCAUCUUUACCUGAGACUGCAUAUGCCAGCCGUCAGGCCCGAAGGUCUCAACCCAACAUUGGACUGUCCAGACCUUCGUCUGUAAGUUCUCCAUCUGGUGCCCAGUCCCAUUUGCAAACUCCAGUUGGCAUCUCCCCUUCCUCUUCAAGUGGCCUCCAAAAACAGGGUGCGGGGGUUCCUCCCUCCCAGUUUUUCCAGAUACAGAGAGUGGAGCCUGCUUCCCUUGCAAAACCGCUUAUGAAUUCACAAGUGCAACUUUCCCGGUCACGUGGAAAUUCAGCGUCCACCUCUGUUUUGCAGCAAUCAGCAGGGCCUGUGAGCUCUCAGGCAGUGACAGGACCUCUUUCUGGCAGGACUCUGCACUACAGUCUGUCCAGAGCGAGUGGUUCUCACAUUUCCCUGCUUAUGCAACAAGCGACCAGCUCCCCUCAACAGCUCGUCAAACACCGGAGCAUACAAGGAUUUCCCAUCGGGAGACUGUCGCAGGAUGUCCGUCUCCUAUCUGCCUCUCAGCCUUCACUGCCCAACAGGGUAGCCCAGCAGCAGCAGCAGGACACUGCAGCCUCUCCACAAGCUGCUGACUCUCCAGGAUCCAUUAGUAAUAAAUGCUCUCCUUCUGUGUCUGUAACGCUUGUUAAACCUCCGACUCACACAACCCAGGUGCCUACAGGGUCCCUCACUUUGUCCGCAUCUUCAGUCAGCGGCUCGGUCACUCCACAGUCUCCUGUGUCUUCAGCUCGACCUGGGCCAUCUCGGAAGGGAUCAGUGGUAUUCAGCUCUGAGGUGGACGUUGCUAAACCCAAGUUCCCCUCAAACAUGUAACGAAUGAAUGAAUGGCCUGAGAAAUGGAAAACUCUUUCCAGGACCACAAUAAAAUCCAAAACGCCUUCUGAUCCACACACAGCAUUUGCAAGCGCAAUCCAUGAACAAGAUGUAGUCUAAUGUGGUUGUUUCUACCAACACUGCCUUUCUCGAGUUCCAUCGUGUCUCCCAGACACCACCUGUCCCAAGCAAAAGCUCAACAACUGGCCCAUUUUCUUUGGACGCGGAGUGUGCUCUUUCUUAAAUGUAGUCACCAGGUUGUCACUGCUUAGAGGGUAACCAAGCCUUACUCAUCGUGCAUAUGAUACUCAAGAAGAAAAUCUUUACAUAGAAGUUUCUGGACAAUCCAUUCGACAAAUGAGCAUUCCAUUCUGAAUCCUCUUGCUUUGACUACAUACUUGUGGCUUGUUACAGAUAAGCAGAUAAUUAGCAGAGACUUUAGACUACUUUCAAGAAAGAUCUUAUAGUGAGGUGUCUACUGGAUUCUCUAUACACCCUCCAGUUGAUGUUCCUAAAAAAAAGAAGUUAUAAGUAAGGCGCAGCGGUCCAACUGCAGUCAGGAGGUGGGCAACCGGGAUGACCAAGGAACAAUGCAAGGUGGAUGGAGUACGUGUUGAGUAGACAUAAGGCCCCCUGUCCACAUGUACUGUGCUUGACUUCUUUAUUCCCUCGCUGACUCCGCUAUUCCUAAAUCUCAGUUUCUCUGUGUUUCUCCCAAGUUCCUAAGUACUUCCAUGGAUCUUCUAGGCUCCCCACUUCUCCUGGCCUCUUCCAGGUUAUUAUCGUUCCUGUGUUUCUUCAAGAGACACAAAUUCCAUGAGGUUUCUUCUUGCGUCUCCAGGUGUCUAAUGUCUACUCUAAACUUUCUAGAGUCACAAAUUCCAUGAGGUCUCUUCUUGGGUCUCCAGGUGUCUAAUGUCUGCCCUAAACUUUCUAGAGUCACAAAUUCUACGAGGUCUCUUCUUGGGUCUCCAGUUUUCUAAUAUCUACACCAGACUUUGUAUUCUCUUAGCUGCUAUCCUGGAAUAUCCACAAUACUACUGAUUGUGUGGAAUGGAUCCUUUUGCACGCUAAUGAUGUUCCUAAUCUCAUGAGCACCGAUAUUAACAUAUUUCCUAUUUUCCGGACCACCCCAGCUGGUAGCAGGUUCAAAUACUGAAUGUGCCAUCUGAUAGGAUAGUGAAUUGGCAAAUUUUAAAGUUUACAUACAGCUAUUAAAUUAACGCAUUACUCUCCAAAACAUUAAUUUUUCCAUCCCAUCCCUCCUUGUCCCCCAGGAACAUCUUGGGACUCUAACUUGUCCUAUCUUUGCUUUGCCAAGGUUCUGUAAAGUAUAUUUUGGUAUUUCCUCGUCGUCAAUUAGCAAAUUUCUAUCACCUACUUGCAGAUAUAUUAUAUGGUUCUCGCUCAUCCAAUUUGUGUAAACUGCCUUCGUAGGAUGCCAAACACCACUGAUGAUUUUGCCAUUCUAAUUAUUCUGUUAUCUGUAGUCAUCUGCAUGAUCCUCUUAUGUAGACUUCUGUGUGAGUGGAAAAGUUAUGUUCCUCAGUAAUGGAACUUUCUGUUGUAUGAAGAUUUCCACACCUUUUUCUUCCCUAAAUUUCUGCAGAUAGUGCUUCUUAGGCUGUUCUAUUGGAAUCCUGAAGCUCUGUUGCAAAUCCGACCUUGCAUAGCUGUUCCUAGGACCAAGCUAUCUACCAAUGCCCAAUGUUGUAAACCUUUCCUAGUUCCUCACCAGUUUAAAAGCUAUGCGGCCUUUUAAAAACUGUUUUGACCUUUGUGACCUCUCUAUAACAAGAUGUCUGUCCUGAGGUGUGUGGCCUCCCACCUUCUUCUCUACUCAAUUCCAAGUUGUGUGGCUUCCUGCCUUCCGCUCUACUCAAUCCCGAGGUGUGUUGCCUCCCUGCUUCUGCUCUACUCAAUCCCAAGAUGUGUGGCCUCCCUGCUUCUGCUCUACCCAAUCCCAAGGGGUGUGGCCUCCCUGCUUCUGCUCUACCCAAUUCUGAGGUGUGUGGCUUCCCAACUUCUUUUCUCCCCAAUCCGAGG